GUGAGCAACAUGUCACCUCUGAGCCGGAACAUUGCUGCUCUGCUGGAGCUUCCUGUGGAGGACCAGGGCAACACCCUCAUCACCGCAGAGACUUCAGUGAAUGUGGGUGUUGGGGAGCCAGACUUUGUUUUGGGCCAACUCUAUCAGCUCUCAACUAGCCUGGCGCCAGAACUGGCCAAGUCCUGGGCAUCUUUGGCCAGCUGGGCUUAUCGCUGGGGACGGAAGGUGGUGGACAAUGCCAGCCAAGGAGAGGGAUUGCCUCUACUUGCAGAAGAAAAGGCAGACAUUGAGGAGCUGUUGCCUGCAACCACCAGCCAAGAAGACAAAGACGCUGUCUUCAGCAUUCUAGGACAGGCCAUCUGUCGGCCAACUGGCAUACAG